AUGAGCUCGGGGGGCGCGGCCGCGGCCGCUAACUCGGCGCCGUCCGCGCAGGAGGAGGGCAUGACGUGGUGGUACCGCUGGCUGUGCCGCCUGUCGGGGGUGCUGGGGGCCGUGUCCUGUGCCAUCUCUGGCCUCUUCAACUGCAUCACGAUCCACCCUCUGAACAUCGCUGCUGGUGUGUGGAUGAUCAUGAACGCCUGUGUCCUGCUGGUGUGUGAGGCGCCCUUCUGCUGCCCCUUCAUCGAGUUCGCCAACACAGUGGCCGAGUGGCUGGAUCGGCGGCACGCCUGGCAGAAGGCCGUGUUCUACUGCGGGAUGGCUGUGGUCCCCAUCAUCAUCAGCCUGACCCUCACCACUCUGCUGGGCAAUGCCAUUGCCUUCGCCACUGGAGCACUAUACGGGCUCGCUGCCCUAGGCAAGAAGGGCGAUGCAGUGUCUUAUGCACGGCUGCAGCAGCAGAAGCAGCAGCAGGCCGAGGAGGUGCUUCCAGAGCCCCUGGAGGGGGAGCUGUGAGCCUGAAACCUGCCUGCUCAACACCAGCUUCAUAGCCCUGUGGGCUUCCUGGAGGAAGAGUGCUCCUCCCCUGCACUCCCAGGACCUGGCUGCUUGAGGUGCUGUGUAUGAUCCCCUCACCCCAGCAGCCUGGAAGUGCCCACUCAGGACUUCUUGGCCGGACUCAGCUGGAUCCUGGGCUGAACUCCAGAUUAGGGCUGACUUGGGUUGGGAGCCCUUGGCUGGGUCCAGGUCUCUGAGUUGGACCCACUCACUCCAUAGUGCUCUCUGGCUGCUCCU